AUGGAUGCACUUAUAUUCACAUUAUUGCUGAGUGUAUUGGGUCUGUUUAUUUUAAUCCCUCGCCUACGCAAAACUGAUCUUGGUGAAAAGGGGAAGUCUAAUGUCACUACAAAGGCAGCAAAAGCAUACACCAAAGCUGAAGUUUCAUCCCAUAACAAGAGGACUGACUGUUGGAUCAUCAUUAAAGACAAGGUUUAUGAUGUUACCUCUUACGUCGAAGAACACCCUGGUGGUGAUGCCAUCCUAGCACAUGCUGGUGAUGAUUCAACUAAAGGUUUCUAUGGGCCACAGCAUGCUACCCGAGUGUUCGACAUGAUCGAGGACUUCUACAUUGGAGAUAUAAAAAAGUAA